UUGCUUGUUGUAUUAAGUUGUUACCGCAUUCGCCGUUUUUCCUCACAGGAUAUAUUUUGCAGCAGGGAUGAGCAACUUCCAGAGGAAGGAUUUAUCAAGAAGUCUUACUCUAUGGAAGGAAAUGAGGAGACUUUCGCCCCACCUUUUGUUUCAAAGGAUAAUCACAUUGAAUUGGAUACAUCUGCCAAGCUAUCGGCAAUUAACGUUGAAGCAGCCGCCAAUCAAAUCGAUGCUAUUCUCACAUUCAACGAAUAUCGUGCCUCAGUUAUUUCGCUGGCCAGCCAGCAGAAACGAAAGCUAGUGGGCUCUUGGUGCGGCAAGAUCGGUUGGAUGAUUUCCAUUUCAAUUCUUUUUGGUUCUUCCGGCAGCUUCUCAGAGAUAUUUAUCACUUUUACUAAAAUGUCCUUGAUUGCCUUCCUUUCACUUCGAAGUGCCAAACAUAUUCCUUCUUUCAGGAUUGCCGUGGUUUUGAGGUUUAUAUACGUACUUGUACUUACAGAAGAUCAAGCAACUGGACCAGCCUUUGUGCUUAAACAGGACGGUGCACCGCAUAUAUUUCAAUCUAAUGAACCAAUCCGUUUAUCUUCCCAUGAUUCCGAAGCAACGUUUCAUCGAAAUGGUAUUCGCCUUCAACGCUCGGGAGUUGGUCAAUUGGUCAAUGGACAGGAGUCUGGCUCGAGUGAACCCCUAAUGGAAUAUAACGCAGAAAUAACUGGGCAAGGUGAUAAUACAGUCCGGCAGAUCGACCGGCUGGGUCAUCAUAAGUUAGAGGGUAUUUCUCCUCCAGACCUGGCUACCAAUCUAAGAUCUGCCUCACCCCAAGUAUUUUCAGAUACGGCCUCUGAACCUACUGUUCCUCUAGAUGUAGAGCAUAGCUCUAUACCAAUGUCACACUCGAAUGGGCAAAUCCCUUCUGGCAACUCAGAUCAUUUGAUUACUCCUCAUCCAGCUUCCCUUCAUGGCACAUUCCCAGCAUCCGACCGUGUAUCACCUAGUCUCUUACCAUCAGACCGCCCUACUGGAUUUAUUGCGGACGCUCUCGGAGAUGCUUCUAAAACGGUAGAUUUUGGGACGCCGCCUCAUUCUGGUGUCUUGGUUUCUGGAGGUCCUGUGGUAGGUGAUUUGAGUAGUUCGCCUUCUGAUUCCUCUGCUACUGCGGGUCUUGUUCCCCCGUCUCAAGAAGAUAUAAUUUUGAAUAGCGCUAUUUCGUCAUCUACUGGCUCAUUAGCUAGUGAUGGCCAUUCUGCUGAUUCAACUCAAGUUGAAUCGCGACCUUCAAUCCAGGUUACUGUGAAGCGGAAUGUCGCUGCUAUUGAAUGCGGAGCUAAGCUUUUAGCUGCUAGUCCAAAGACCAAGAAUCCCGAGGCGGUGCUUAACUCGAAUCAGGAUGAAUAUUUGAACAUUCCUUGCAUCGCCAAUAAAUGGUUCGUUAUUGAGACAUGCGAACCUGUACAACUGCGUACCAUUCAUAUUGCCAAUUACGAGCUAUUCUCCUCACGCGCCAAAGUGCUGAAGGUAUUUACCAGUGAUAGGUCAGUUUAUCCAUAA